UUAUACACUGUAGUUUGCAGAGCGCGUAUUACGGAGACGUUUCGUUUAUGAUCUGGCAAUGAAGAUGGAUCGGAAGGCAGCAAAUUUUGUUCACUCACAAGCCGUUUCUAGAGACUACAUAUCACAGCCUCGUAUAACUUAUAAAACUGUCUCAGGAGUAAAUGGACCCCUCGUCAUACUUGAUGAUGUAAAGUUUCCUAAAUUUGAUGAGAUUGUGAGACUAACUCUUGCUGAUGGUAGUCAGCGAACGGGACAAGUUUUAGAAGUUUGCGGCAAAAGGGCCAUUGUUCAGGUAUUCGAGGGUACUAGCGGUAUUGAUGCAAAGAACACUGUAUGUGAAUUUACAGGAGAUAUCCUCCGCACACCUGUGUCAGAAGAUAUGCUAGGUCGUAUAUUCAAUGGUUCUGGAAAACCGAAAGACAAAGGUCCAGCAAUCCUUGCAGAAGAUUACCUCGACAUUCAGGGUCAACCAAUAAAUCCAUGGUCACGCAUUUAUCCAGAAGAAAUGAUCCAAACCGGCAUAUCAAGCAUCGAUGUGAUGAAUUCGAUUGCACGUGGCCAAAAGAUCCCCAUAUUUUCCGCUUCUGGUCUACCUCACGAUGAAAUUGCUGCCCAGAUAUGUCGUCAAGCUGGUCUAGUUAAGUUACCCGGGAAAAGCGUUAUGGAUAGCGAUGUAGACAAUUUCGCCAUUGUAUUCGCAGCAAUGGGUGUUAAUAUGGAGACUGCUCGGUUUUUCAUGCAAGACUUUAAGGAAAAUGGUUCAAUGGAGAAUGUGUGUCUGUUUCUAAAUUUGGCGAAUGAUCCGACCAUCGAACGCAUCAUAACACCUCGAAUCGCUCUUACAACAGCCGAAUAUUUGGCUUAUCAAUGUGAAAAGCAUGUGUUGGUUAUCCUUACCGAUAUGAGUUCAUAUGCAGAAGCAUUGCGUGAGGUAUCGGCAGCUCGUGAAGAAGUCCCAGGACGUCGUGGUUUCCCAGGUUAUAUGUACACUGACUUGGCUUCAAUUUACGAGCGAGCUGGUCGGGUUGAAGGUCGAUCAGGGUCAAUCACACAGAUUCCAAUUUUAACUAUGCCUAAUGAUGAUAUUACUCAUCCUAUUCCUGACUUAACAGGUUAUAUUACAGAGGGUCAAAUUUAUGUUGAUCGUCAAUUACAUAACAGGCAGGUUAGUGAAAAACUACUGUAUUUCACUUAUUGGGUUGUUAAUUAGUUUAUUCUUUUAUACGAACCACACUUUGAGUUUAAUGAGUACAUACUUCAGUGUAGUUAGUUUAUCAAAGUUUUAAUGGCCGGAUAUUGAAACUGGAACACUCGUUUAAUCCUAGUUGCGAGUCAUUUGACUUACAUUUUGGCGUUUGGGGUGUUAGGUACUAGGUUUGAAUCAAAGUUUAAACAUCAUUGUCGUGUUACCGGUAAAUUCAUUUGACAAUUACCUAGUCAAAUGAGACGUGCAUCAUGGAUUCUACUGCUAACCACAAUCUAACCAUACUCAGUUAUGACAACCCGUGUUAUGACUUGAAUCAUAUCAGUGCGAAAAUUUAAGGAUUAUUUACCUUAAAAGCGUCAAAUCAUAUUAAAAUUCAACACACUAGUCCAUCAACCUGAAAUGUAAUAAUGGUGUUUGGUAUUUUUGUUAUCCAAUGUGAUUUCAAUUUUUAUAAACAAAUCUAUUUUUUCUUAAGAACGGUGAUACACAUGCACACAAACACAUUUACUUUGCUACAUGGACUUACUGUUAUUUUACAACCUUAAAAAUUCAAUUUAUUCACAUCAAGUUCAUUAGAAAUGUUUCAUGCAAAAUUAAUGUUGUACUAUUAACGUUUUUAAAACAUCAAUUAUCUAAUCAUAAUAAUAAGAAUUAAUUAACUUUCAUGCGUUACAUUAACUAGUAAUCAUACAUCAUUAAUAAUCCGUUUUUAUAAAUAACUGAACUUUUGAUGAUUAUAUUGAAUCUUAACUGAGUUAUUUCUUGUAAUCCCCAAAUGCCCUGGUAUGGUCGAGUGUGGGGUGUCUCCCCUCUCCAAAGGCUCUCAUAGAGCCACGCGUUUAUACCCUCUGUCAAGGAAGUCCCGCUGACUUCCUUUUUGCGGCGGAGUGUUGUUAGCGAAAUUGGGAGGACAAGAAGCGGAUGUCUGGCGCUUAAGCUGUGUUGUCGGGUACUAAGGGUUCACUCUGAUUCCAAACCAAUGGUGUAAAAACCUAUUCUUGGUCACUGGGUGCUAUAUGACUUCAUAUAACGUUGCUUCACUGCCUCGUGGACUAGAUCUGUAAGUCGAAAGUUCGGAGGUCACCCACUAAGAAAACCAUCAGUUUGGAAACCCGGGGAAUAUCCCAGCCUACACAAAUUUGGGGAUUCUUGUGGCGUAUAAAUAUCUUGGUGCAGUUUUUGAAUGAAUGGUUAAUUUUUUCUGACACCAAAUUACUCAUUACUUGAUUAUUACCAUGUCUCUUUUUGAUGGGAAUAUUUCUAUUAUCUGUAUGAAAUGAAAAAUCACAUAGAUCUAUCCUCCAAUCAAUGUGUUACCGUCGUUAUCACGUUUGAUGAAAUCUGCCAUUGGUGUGAAUAUGACUCGUGAAGAUCACUCUGAUGUGUCCAACCAGUUGGUAAGUUUUUGUUGACCUAAAUUUUUGGUUAGUAUGCUUACGGAAGUGAUUAAAAACUAAGUCAGUUUCUUUAAUUUACCGUGGAAAAUUCACGGCUGUCAGUGUUGAAACACUUACGACCAAUUUUAUUGAGGAGUUUAUGUGAUGGAGGAUAACGCUAUUCAGUUGAAUACUCAUCAAACGAAUUCUAUAAAUGUGAAAUAUCACUUACAGGUAUAUUGGAAAAUCAAAUCGAAGCUAUUGAUAGUUUUUUUUAUCCAUUGGUUAAUUCCGUAACACGAUAUCUGCUCUUUGUAUUCGAAAGGAUUGUUAAUAUUAUGCAGAGCGUUUCCGAUCAUAAUGGAGAUCAUAAUUAAAUAAAUGGUAUCGUCAUAAAAUAUCGUCUGGGCAAUGCAUCGCGAAACUCGUCUCAAAGGUUUGCAUUAAAAACUGAUACUGACACUAACUGUUAACAGAGCGACGGUUCAUCUGUUACCAUCUUCCGUAACUAUAAAAAAUAACUAUGCUUAUAAAAUAUUCAUUAACCUAUCGAGAUUCUAUUUGAAGUUCCUAAGAUCAAACCUCUCAGUAACUUGAGAUAUCCUCAAUUGAAGCCAGUAGCCAUCUUAUUGUAAUUCACUAUUUAAUGCUUUAAAAGACAAGAAACCUGUCCUCAAACAAACGUCUCAAAUCAUUGAAUUAUGUAUUCUGUUGAACGCCGUCCAAGGACUUAUGAUUUGCAAACAUUUCUUUGGAUCUGUCUUCCUUUAAACUAAGAGAUUAAAAUCACUUCAAAUCUUCCUUUCUACGAACUAAUUCUAUCUUCCUGUACUAUCUCCUUAUAUGCAAUCCUUCUAUAUAUUACCACCACUGAAUUAACUACUUCUAUGAAUCCGGUGUUCAUCUUGUGCUAAUGCGGUAUGGCAACUUGGACCGAUGCAUAUACGUGCCUGGUCCUACGUUGCAGCUGACUGACUGACUUUGGAUCUUGUUGUGAACUGAUCGUCCCUAGCCCCACAUAACUUCCUUGUGAAGCUCUCAAUUGUCAACCGUGCUCUGGUUUUCUCAAAGGAAUGUUUGACUUUAUCUCUUGCAACUUUGCUAGCUUUCGCACAGCUUUUGAGGUACAUGAGUUUCUCGGCUAUUUUAGAAAAUUGAUUCUGAAGGAUAGAUGGGGAUACAAGCUCUCCCUUUUGGGUGCUGUAAGAAAUUACAUUGGAGCUGUUGUUCAUUUCUAGUUAUUUAUUCUCUGUUUUGAGCUAUUCUUGCGGAUGCUAGACUUUCAAAAGCUAUACGCAGUGUGAUUGGUCCACACAUACUACGACUUUUAAUUCCAUAUAGUGAAUUUUUUCACGGGUGCUAAGUUUCACUACUAUUCAUUUAUCUUCGUAUUUGUAUUACUUACAGAUUAACAAGUGAUCCCUCCAUUUUCUCUUUAUUCGUUUUAUCAACAGUAUGCAUGUUACGCAAUAGGAAAGGAUGUCCAAGCAAUGAAAGCCGUUGUUGGUGAAGAAGCAUUAAGCCCGGAGGACUUACUUUAUUUAGAAUUCCUGACCAAGUUUGAGAAGAAUUUCAUUUCUCAAGGUGCUUAUGAAAACCGUAGUGUAUUCGACUCACUAGACGUUGGUUGGGAACUCUUGCGUAUAUUCCCGAAAGAAUUGUUGAAACGAAUUCCGUCAAAAAUAUUGGAGAAAUACUAUCCUCGUUAAUUGGUUAGUUGAUUUACCCUGUUAUCCUCGAUUGUGAGUAUUCUUACCAUGAAAGUUGCGUUAUUUAUUGGUUGAAGUAAACUUGGAAUAACGUAUAUUAUCGUCAGCUUUUGCAUUCCUAUUUAUUUUCUUUCCUAACAAUUAUCACUCAUAAUUUUCAUUGCAUAUAAUAUAUAUAAUGGUGACAUUAUCCAACCAUCACAAAUUACUUACUCAUAAUUAUGAUUUGAUUUUGUUUAAAUGUUCAUUCCAUUUGCAAAGUUUCCUACCAUAGUUUUCUAUUACACUUUAUUUUCUCUGUUCUGAAUAAUCAAACACUUCGCUUCUCAUUUUUCCUUUACACAUUUCUACAUACAUUAAAUCUUUCUAUCGUUUAAAUUUUCGAAAUAAACUGGAAGCAUAAUAUAAACACACUAGUAGUUGAGGUCUCAUUUAAAUAGGGCUAUGGGUUUCAUUUUUUUAUCUUUCAUUUGAUUUGAUUUUGUGCCCAGAACUUUUAAUUAUCGAUAUUGAACAAAUAUAAUGAUAAUAAUAGUAAUAAUAUAUGUUCUUUACCAGUAAUGUCACUUAAAACAUGCAUACAUAGUAAACACAACAAAAAUGAUACUUGCUCCGAAUUAAGAGAAAUGUGACUUGUAGUACACAAUUUCGUUUUCCAAAUAGUUGGUAGUUUACGGAUGUUUGAAUACUGAUGUACACUGACCACUAACACAUUGCUUUAAUUGUAUUGUGAAAGCUUUUUUUACAGAAGGAGAGAGCGAACAAGUAUUUCACAAUGAGAUAUAAUCAGUUAUAGAAACUGUAAAGUUGGAAAUAAAACGUCGAAUACGAGUCUUUCGGAUGUUUAUAUUUCAUGCAUUCAUUUCGACCAACAGACGAAGAGUUGAAGAGUGGAGGAAGCAAACCAGUCCACUGAAGAUAUUAUUCUUCACAAGUGUUAGUAUAACUCAGACUAGAUGAUACGUAGUCAGACAAAGAAACAGAUGGAUAAAAUGGUACGUGCAUAGACACAUAAAGCACACAUCAGAUACAAAAAGUAGAAAUACAAAGAAAAAGUUAUGAGAUAUAUGUGAAGGUACUCUAAUUAUUAUUGGUAGUAAAAGUAUUAGUACCAGUAGUAACAUUUGUUGUCGUUAUACGAAAUGAAUCACAACUCGAAAGCAACACAAUGAUAUUUGACUAACAGUUUUUAACACGAAUAACAAUUCCUUAUGUUUGAGUUUUUAAAGUUUUCGUCACAACCUAACAUUAGAUGCUCAGCAAAAAUGUAUUCCUAAACGAAAUCCGAUUAAUUCGUUCGUAUACUUCAUUGCUACUCACUAUCUUAAAAGUCCCUUCUCCAUUUGUGUCCACAAGCCAAUUACUAAUGUUAAAGUGUUGUGUGACAGACAUUCAAUCGACUCGAGUUCCUAUUCGCUAAGUCGUACUACAAGAGUCGUUCAUAAAUAGAAUUCACCGUGGACAACACCCAAACCUUAGUCGUUCUCGUUGAGAUUUAACUGUGUGAACGUAAGCACCAGGAAUGAUUACGUCUCACUCACAUUAAAAUUACCCAGUGUAUGUUAUGGCUUACUAUUCCAUGGAUUACAUUGCUUCAUUUAUCACUGAGAAAUUUUGUCUGUAUUGUUUUAGAUAUUCGAUUUUCAUUCAGUAAUGUAACAUAGUCAACUUGAAUAAAUUAUCCUCUUGUAAAUACUUGCUUAUCGAUGUUGUGAGCAGAACGUUUCAUUUUAUGAUUGUGUAUCGAAUUGUAAUUAAAAGAGUAUGGAUUUCAUUUUUAUCUUUUGUGUAUGUUUUUGUUUACGAAAUAGUUCAAUAAACGUGAAUUCAACCAUUUUAA